AUAAAAGCGAGAGAGUUUUCUCCAUGGCCUUUGUGAAGCUGAUGAGACCUGAUGGUACAACCCUGCAUGAUGGUGAACAUGAUCUCGUUCUAUAUAAGGGUGACCUCAAGAAACUGGAGGAUGCCAGCUCUUACCUGAACCUGCCUUCUAUUAAAGGCCUGUCAGAGGCAAAGCCUCUUUCUGGUUCCUCAUUCCGAGUGAGCGGGAGCAUGGCUUCUAUGAGCACUUCUUCCCGGGACAGCUUCCAAAUCUCCACCCUUGUCUGCUCCACCAAAUUAACCCAGAAUGUUGACCUGCUGGGGCUGUUGAAGUGGCGGUCAAAGCCCAACCUCCUGGCUGGAAACCUCCAGAAGCUCAUGAAGGUGGAUGGAGGAGAAGUCAUCAAGUUCCUUCAGGACACCCUGGAUGCCUUGUUCUCAAUUAUGAUGGAAAAUUCAGCCACUGACGUCUACGAUACACUCAUCUUUGAUGCACUAGUUUUCAUUGUGGGGCUCAUUGCUGACAGGAAGUUUCAUCACUUCAAUGCUGUUCUGGAGGCCUAUAUCCAGCAGCACUUCAGUGCCACGUUGGCCUACAAGAAGCUGAUCUCGGUGCUGACUCAGUAUGUGAACUCCGCCAGCCAAGGGGAGCCCUGCGAUUCGCUCUUACGCACCUUCAAAACCUUGGAGUACAUCUUCAAAUUCAUUGUCCGCUCCAGGCACCUCUUUGCCCAACUCUAUGAAGGGAAAGAAAAAGCCGAAUUCCAGGCAUCGUUGCAGCAAUUCUUCCUGUCUGUCAACCAGCUGAUGAAAUCCACCCUGGAGGGCCCAACCCUGCUGUCCCAGGGAGCCGCUCUGAAGUACCUGCCUUCGAUCCUGGAAGACGUGUUUGGGAUCUUUGACUCCUCUGUGCUGGGAUGUUUGCUGCGGGAUUUCAUUGGGAACCUGCCUCCUCUGCGCCUUCUCAAGCAGAAGCUGCAGUCCCUCACGGACAUAGUUAACAGCAGUAUCUUCCAGUCCUAUGAAUGUCGGGAGAUGCUGCUGCACACGACAAUCCCCAUCCUCCAGGAGCUGAUUGAGAAGGGAGAGGAGGAGGAGGCUUGCAUUGAGCUGCUCAGCAAUAUCCUGGAGGUGCUCUACAAAGCCCAGAAGAGAGCAGAAGAACGGCUAACGUAUCCGAGUGGAGGAGAGAGACAGCUCCAGGAGGACUCUGAGCUGAGGAAGGUGAAAGGACACGUGCAACUGAUUCUGGAGCGGCUGCUGCGCACCGUCAAUCGCAGGGUAAUCGUCCUCGACCAGGAGCACGACCUCCGAGUGAGUUCCCGGCUUGCUGGGUGUGGUGCUGAGCUGGCCCUUCCGCGAGAGUCCCUGGAAUCGCUGGAGCCAAGGGCUAAUGAGCUGCGGGUGGGGUCCGUGGGAUCGCCGGAGCCAGGGGCUGCUGAGCUGCGGGUGGGGUCCGUGGGAUCGCCGGAGCCAGGGGCUGCUGAGCUGCGGGUGGGGUCCGUGGGAUCGCCGGAGCCAGGGGCUGCUGAGCUGCGGGUGGGGUCCGUGGGAUCGCCGGAGCCAGGGGCUGCUGAGCUGCGGGUGGGGUCCGUGGGAUCGCCGGAGCCAGGGGCUGCUGAGCUGCGGGGGGG